GGCCUCGCCUUCAUACGCUUCACCAAUCAGCGCCGGCGCCGCAAGGAAGUUUCGAGAGCUUUCGAGGGAGGACCCCUUAACUCAAAUCCAUCCGCCAGAUAAUAUUCCUACUUUUUCCUAAGGGAGGAGACGAGUCGCCUGGAAAAGAGGGGAGCUGAUUUUUUAGGGUUCUUUCUUCGGCUCUGAGGAACUUGGGGCUCAGUGGCAGGGUCUAAUUGGGCCGCGGGAGGUGGGGCCGACGGAACUACUUUCAGCAGCGUACGGACACGGCGGCUACGUGGGCAGUGAUGAGUGACGCAACAGACGCCGCAUAAAUUUCAGCCCCGCGGAGCCGCGGGCGUUCAGGAGCGGCUGGCGUUGUAGAGUCUCGGUCUGUUGCGGUCUGGGUGACUCGACGUGAUUGCGUCCAGUGUCUUUGCGUUCGCUAACAGGUCAAAAUGCAGAUCUUCGUGAAGACCCUGACCGGCAAGACCAUCACCCUGGAGGUGGAGCCCAGUGACACCAUCGAAAAUGUGAAGGCCAAGAUCCAGGAUAAAGAGGGCAUCCCCCCUGACCAGCAGAGGCUCAUUUUUGCCGGCAAGCAGCUGGAAGAUGGCCGCACUCUUUCUGAUUACAACAUCCAGAAAGAGUCGACCCUGCACCUGGUCCUGCGCCUGAGGGGUGGUAUGCAGAUCUUCGUGAAGACCCUGACCGGCAAGACCAUCACCCUGGAGGUGGAGCCCAGUGACACCAUCGAAAACGUGAAGGCCAAGAUCCAAGAUAAAGAGGGCAUCCCCCCUGACCAACAGAGGCUUAUCUUUGCCGGCAAGCAGCUGGAAGAUGGCCGCACUCUUUCUGAUUACAACAUCCAGAAAGAGUCGACUCUCCACCUGGUUCUCCGUCUUAGGGGUGGCUGUUAAUUCUUCAGUCUUGAAUUCAUAGUGCCCAGUGAUGGUAUUGCUCUGCACUAUAGCCAUUUGCCCCAGUUUAAGUUUAGAAAUUACCAGUUUCAGUAAUAGCUGAAUCACUGGUUUUCUCAAUAGCUGUUCAAAAUGUUAAUAAAAGUUCUGUUGCAUGGUAGCAUA